UCCCUGCAUCACUUAUAAAAUCCAUCCCCCUUCAUGAGCUUACGUCAAUGGCGGCAAUUUAACGCAAAAUUCCACCCAUUUCUUCGCCGGAGCUUUCUGUCGUUGAAAUCUCUGUUUCAAAUGGCCGACAACUGCCACCACCAAGCUCUCAACAUCUCACCUCCGCCGCAUCACCACGGCGGCGACAUUGGGGUUUUCGACGACGAUGGCCGCCCGAACCGGACCGGGAAUGUUUGGACGGCGAGUGCUCAUAUUAUAACGGCGGUUAUUGGGUCGGGUGUUUUGUCGUUGGCUUGGGCAAUAGCACAGCUGGGAUGGGUGGCUGGACCCGCCAUGAUGGUGGUGUUUUCCGCCGUGACUUAUUUCACCGCCAAUCUUCUCGCCGUGUGUUACCGCUCCGGCGACUCUGUUAACGGCAAGAGAAACUAUACUUACAUGGACGCCGUCAGAAACAACCUCGGUGGGUUCAAGGUGAAAUUAUGUGGAGUGGUUCAAUAUGGCAAUCUUUUUGGAAUUGCCAUUGGAUACACCAUAGCCGCAUCCAUAAGCAUGAUGGCAGUUAAAAGAUCCAACUGUUUCCACAAAAGUGGGGGCAAGAAUCCUUGUCAUAUGAACAGCAAUCCUUACAUGAUUUCGUUUGGUGUGGUGGAAAUUUUGCUGUCGCAAAUUCCAGAUUUUGAUCAGUUAUGGUGGUUAUCGACCGUUGCUGCUGUCAUGUCUUUUACUUACUCCACGAUUGGGCUUGUUCUUGGGGUCAUUCAAGUUGCAGUUAAUGGGAAAAUUAAGGGUAGUCUUACAGGAGUCAACACUGGUACUACUGAAAAGGUUUGGAACAGCUUCCAAGCGCUUGGGGACAUUGCUUUUGCUUACUCUUUUUCCAUGAUCCUCAUUGAAAUUCAGGACACUAUCAAAGCCCCUCCAUCAGAAGUCAAGACAAUGAAGAAGGCCAGUACUCUAAGUGUAGCAGUGACAACAAUUUUCUACGUACUCUGUGGCUGUAUGGGGUAUGCAGCCUUUGGGGACUUAGCUCCAAGCAACCUCCUAACCGGGUUCGGCUUCUACAACCCGUAUUGGCUUAUCGACAUAGCGAACAUUGCCAUUGUAGUGCAUCUCAGUGGUUCAUACCAAGUUGUUUGCCAACCCCUCUUCUCGUUCAUUGAGAAAUUCGUGUCGAACCGAUUCCCAGAUAGCCAAUUUGUCGAACAACACAUCAAGAUCCCAAUCCUGGGCUUCCGCUCCUUCAAACUCAAUCUCUUUAGGUUAGUUUGGAGGACGAUGUUCGUGAUCCUCACCACUUUGAUCGCGAUGCUCCUUCCGUUCUUCAACGACGUCGUCGGACUGCUCGGAGCCAUGGGGUUUUGGCCUCUCACUGUUUACUUCCCAAUUGAAAUGUACAUUGCACAAAAGAAGAUCCCAAAAUGGAGCCCAAGAUGGAUAACCCUCCAAAUUGUAAGCAUGAUUUGCUUGGUGAUCUCCAUUGCUGCAGCAGCUGGCUCAGUAGCUGGAAUUAUUCAUGAUGCUAAGUCAGUUAAGCCCUUUCACGCCAGCUACUAAUUCAAUACUAAUUUUUUUUAGCUUUCAAUCCCUCAAAAGGAAACUAAAGUAUUCCUAUGGGAAGUUCAUCUGGAGUAAUGAAACUGUAACUUCUACUCGGUUCUUAAUU